AUGGAAGUGUUCAUGGAACUAAAAAAGCGCAAAGUGGAAUUGAAUGAAACUCGUGAACUAUUGCAAGAACAACGCAUUCGACUAGAGCAGCUGGAAGCGGAAAGGCGCAACGAGUAUGCGUGGAAGCGAUAUUUCCGUUGUGACGGGUCUCCGAAUCCAAGCAUUGAGAAGGAAGUUAAUACGUUCAUGAGCUUAUGGCGUAUGGAUGAAUCACGUUUGACCAUGGAGGAAGUGAUGGAUGAGAGUGUGCAUAGUCUGAGGGUAGGCUGCUUUCAUUUUAUUCUGUUCGAAGAGAAACACUUGUUUUUUCCGCAGUUGAUUGACGAACUGCGGACUCUUGUAGCUGAUGUCGGUGAUAACGAGGAAGAUAAUCAGACAUUGCUCACAUACCGUCGAACGAUGCGAUUUCUCGAAGUAUUACAGAAUUCCCGGAAACUGAUGCCAUCGACAAAUCCACCACGGAAGAAACGCAUCUGGCCGACUGCGUUCUUACACGGUAACGGACAAGUAACACGUAUGACGGCCAUCGCCCAGCCAUCCACACACUUACUACCCAUACUUGACACUGUUUGCGACAUACGAACCCGAUUGAAACGCAUCUUCGUGAUCAUUCAGGGGUAUGAAGGCAUCAGUAGUAGCACGGGUCUCGGCCGGGGCCUUCCGUAUGAACCUAAAUCCGGCCGAGGUUGGACAAUUACCACUUGUGUCCGACCUCCGAAACUGACCCCGUUCGAAUACAUUAUUGAUCCGUCACAAAAGAUGUCUCAAUCUUCAACCGCACAAGAAGGAACACCACUGAGUGGAACUAAUAAAGAAGAACGAAAAGACGAGAAGCCCCCGGUUCAGGUGAAAUUCAGAUUACCUCUGUGCCUAGUGAUCGCAGAAGAACCCAUAUUGGCACGAUGGGAUCCGGAGGUAAAUCAGUGGCGUAAAAGUGGCAUCGAAUUGGAACACUUCAAAGAGGACGAAAAUUUGAUUGUGAUGCGUACCAGUGUAUUUGGCACAAUGGCAAUAUUUCAAGAUUUUCACAUUAACAUGCCUUUUCAGGCUUGGGAAUUGCGCCCACUUCCACUGAGGUCCAGUCAGACAGCAGUACUGGCCGCACAAUCUAUAAGCGUAACGACAAACGACUACGCAUCAGGUGCGGUCGAUCAAGCUCAAAUGGCCAGCACAUUUUCCGCACCCGUCUAUCGAUCACACACGGCACAAAGACAAAACCCAAACUCAGGAGAGGUCACGAAGGAUAUGGCAGAUCUCUGA